UUGAAAGAUGGGUUUCAAACUCAUCUCUCUUUUGCUUCUUCUUUCACUUCUCAUACUCACAAUCUUGUCCGGAGCCAACCACUACCAGGCCUUGGCUUCCGUCAAGAAACCGCAUGUGAACCACCGCAAUAGAACGGUGCUGACUGCCGCCGGAGGAGGAGGAAAAGCGGCGUUGAAAGUGAAGAAGCAAACGACUGGUUGUAACUUGUUUCAAGGGAAAUGGGUUUUCGAUGCUUCUAAGCCUUUCUACGAUUCCUCCACGUGUCCUUUUAUCGACGGUGAGUUUGACUGUCUCAAAUUCGGUCGACCGGACAAACAGUUCCUCAAGUACUCUUGGCAACCUGACGCAUGCACAAUCCCAAGGUUCGAUGGAGAAGCAUUUCUGAAGAAAUGGAGAGGGAAACGAGUGAUGUUCGUGGGUGACUCACUGAGUCUUAACAUGUGGGAAUCGUUAGGAUGUAUGAUACAUGCGUCGGUUCCAGACACCAAGAUCACUUUUCUCAAACGUACCCCACUCUCCUCUCUCACUUUCCAGGAAUAUGGAGUCACAUUAUACCUAUACCGAACACCAUACCUAGUGGAUAUCUCCAAAGAAAGUGUAGGACGUGUGCUUAACCUUGGAGCCAUCGAAGAUGGUGCUGAUGCGUGGAAAGACAUGGACCUUCUCGUCUUUAAUUCCUGGCACUGGUGGGUUCACAAAGGAGCACAAUCUCAAGGGUGGGAUUUUAUAAGAAAUGGAUCUUCAUUGAUUAGAGACAUGGACCGUCUUGAUGCUUUCAACAAAGGACUCACCACUUGGGCUCAAUGGGUUGAUCAAAAUGUUAAUACUUCACAAACACGAGUUUUCUUCCAAGGCAUUUCUCCCACUCACUAUGUAGGAAAGGAAUGGAAUGAGCCGAGGAAAACCUGCGACGGGCAGAUGGUACCGUUGAGCGGAUCAACAUACCCAGGUGGUUCACUUCCUGCAGCAAGCGUUGUGUCCCACGUGUUGAGCUCGAUGAAAACAUUCGUUUACUUACUAGAUAUCACAACUCUGUCUCAACUAAGAAAAGAUGCUCAUCCAUCUUCUUAUGGAGGCGAUGGAGGAUUAGAUUGCAGUCACUGGUGCCUUCCUGGAUUGCCGGAUACUUGGAACCAGCUUCUCUAUGCAGCUAUUUCGAUGUGAAGAAUUUAAAUCAAUACAUACUUGCCAUGUAUAUUACAUUCUUGGAAGUCCAAAGGAAAAAAGAAACGACUGACAUUUUACUUGGAGAUAGAUGCUAGAAGAUUACAAACAAGAAGACGUUAAAGUUGUAAAGUGUUUUAUAUUUUCUUUAUUUUGCGGGGUUGAAACUAUAUAUUAUCUAAUCAUCUUUAGUUGUAAUUGCAACAAGAAUGUGAUCUAAGAGU